AUGUACACAGUUUUGAAACAAGGGGUAUGGACCAACAUUAUUAAUGACUGGUUCAUAAAAAGUUGUAGCAUUUCCUGUAACAUAAUUUAUAAAAGAUGUCGGGUAGCAAAUGAUGUAAAUAAGGCAAAACAUUUCAUUGACUUUUCAGGAAAAUGUAAAGAUUGUUUGGCGGUAGUAGUAGGCUGGGCAGAAAAAAGGCCUGAUGAAGGUAAGCCACUAGUUGUAAAAAUAAUGAUAGAAGGUAUGGACAUGCUGCAUGAACAUACUUCAAAAAGGCCUCUUAAUGGAGCAAAACGUCAAGAAGUAGGCAUGCAGCUGUCUCAUGAUAGUGCCAGUAAUUGGAGGCGACAGGCGGUAACAUCAAUGACUUUUGGUGAAAAAAUACCAUCAAAUAUAUAUAAAAAUACAGUAUUGUGGAAAUGCAAGCAAUCCGAAAAAGACAAAAUACUAGGCAUAACACUAAUAUUUAAUACAGUAUGA